UGCUGCUUGCUAGGUAGCUUGUCGGUACCGACGACGUCUUAGGCUCGGCCAAGGCAGCACUGCCUCGGCCCGCACGUCGCACUGCUCUCAAGCUCGUCGUGUUCUCGUGUUCCCCGCAAGAUCGCAGUCAGCACGGCCCCCAAGACCACGGCUUUGUUAGCCCACUAUCGCCCAUUCCACGUCUCGACCGCUCCUCCUACUUCUGAUUCACUCGCCAUUGGCGAGUGGUGCAUCCCCACACCAUGGCCGCUCAGCAGCCCCACGACAUGCACGACCCGUACGCCUACAACCAGCACCAGCAGCAACAGGCCGCCGGGCCCAGCACACACCCGCUCGAUGGCAACCAUAACAACGGCUAUGGCUAUAAUGCGUACGCCGACCAGCAGCACCAACAGCAGCAGCAGCAGGCGCCGUACCAUACCCAGGGGUACGCGCGCGAGUACGAUGACGAGGAGCCAGAGCCGUUCGAUAUCAAUGCCAUCGACCCAGCACUGCGGCUGAGGACGACCAAGACGGCCCACUCCGUUAUCGCAGAGUCUAUUCGAUCAGAGGAUCUGUUGAACCGCAAACGAUCGCGCUUCUUCAGCCGGCGGCGAAAGGGCGACAAGGAGAAGGACAAGGGCUCGCUCUUUGGCUCCAAGAGGAAGGGCACAAUCAGCGGCGCGAACGCGCCAGAUACGUCGCCUUCGAUCGGCGAUGGCGGGCCUCUACUCCCCCCUGCGCCCGGCAGCGAGUUCGGCGCGCCAGAGUCGAGUCGCGCGUCCCAGUCGUCGACGGCGGCGCCGGCGCCGACAAUCGCGUCCGAGACACCCCCCGACCAUGGCCUGAGCAAGAAGAAGAAGAAGCCCAUGCCUCGGCGGAGCAUCUACGUCAACAUGGCCCUACCGAUGGACCAGAUUGACCACAAGGGAGAGCCCAUUGUCCGCUACGCGCGCAACAAGGUGCGCACCUCAAAGUACACGCUCCUCACGUUCCUCCCGAGAAAUCUGUUCGAGCAGUUCCAUCGCGUCGCCAACAUCUACUUCCUGGCCCUGGUCAUUCUCCAGCUGUUUCCAAUGUUCGGCGCGGCUGCGCCGCAGGUCGCCAUGCUGCCUUUGCUGGCUAUUAUUGGAAUGACUGCCAUCAAGGACGCGGCCGAGGACUGGCGACGAGCGCGUCUUGAUGAGGAGGUCAACACGUCGGCCGCUACCAAGCUGGGCAACUGGAAGAACGUCAACCAGCCCACAGAUCCGCGCAGCUGGUUCGCGAGAGUGUUCAACAUUGGACCAAAUCCGAACAAGCCGUCCAAAGGAGUCCGCAAGCUGCGCGAGGCCGAGGCAAAGGCUGGCAAGCAGAUCGUGAUGGAGCACCAGAACAAGGAGGGCGUCGAGGAGGUCACCGACGCACCGCAUCUCCAGGUCCCCGGGCAGUCAUACCCGUUAAAGGAGAUUCCCUCGAACGAUUCGUCGCUCCCGAUCAACCUGCCGUACCGCCCCCGAUCGCAGUCCUUUGCUUCCUCAGCGCCCAGCAUGGUAUCGCACAAGAGCGCCGGUGUUAUCGACUACGCGCGCUCGACGCCCGGUUCAGCCCAGUGGGAGCGCACGUUGUGGAAGAAGCUCGAGGUCGGCGACCUUGUCCUGCUUCGCGGCGACGAGCAGAUUCCGGCAGAUUGCAUCGUCCUGGCUUCUUCUGACGCUGACGGUCUUGCGUUCGUCGAGACCAAGAACCUCGAUGGCGAGACCAACCUCAAGGUACGCAAGUCGGUCAAGGCGACCUCGGGUAUCAAGUCGGAGGAGGACCUCGAGCACGCCUACUUCUACCUCGACUCGGAGCCCCCAAAUGCCAACCUGUACUCGUACAACGGUGUCCUCCACUACACGCCGGCCAACAACGGCCGCCAGGGGAAGGAGCAGAUUGAGGCUGUUACCAUCAACGAGAUCCUGCUUCGUGGCUGCACGGUCCGUAACACCAAGUGGGUUAUCGGUCUCGUCGUCUACACCGGCAAGGACACCAAGAUCAUGCUCAACGGAGGCGACACCCCAUCCAAGCGCUCAAAGAUCGAAAAGGAGACAAACUUCAACGUCAUCAUGAACUUCAUCAUCCUCAUGAUCCUCUGCUUGACGUCGGCUCUCCUUCACGGCUACUACCGUUCUCUGAGCAACACAAGCGCGCAAUGGUACGAGAUCGACGCCGAGGCUUCCAACAACAUCUAUGUCGACUCGGUCAUCAUCUUCGUGUCGUCCCUUAUCGUCUUCCAAAACAUUGUCCCCAUUUCGCUGUACAUUACGAUCGAGCUGGUCAAGACGAUCCAGGCGUACUUCAUCUACCAGGACAUUGAGAUGUACUACGCCCCUCUUGACACGCCCUGUGUGCCCAAGACCUGGAACAUUUCAGACGACCUUGGCCAGAUCGAGUACAUCUUCUCCGACAAGACUGGUACCCUGACCCAGAACAUUAUGGAGUUCAAGAAGUGUUCAGUUCAGGGCGUUCCUUUCGGCGAGGGCGUCACCGAAGCCAUGAUUGGCGCUGCCAAGCGUGAAGGCCGCGAGAUUAUCUCUCUGGAGGAACAGGAAGAGGAGCUCGCCGAGUUCAAGGAGAGCAUGGUUUCGACCCUCAAGCGUGCAGUCAAGAACCGGUACAUGCGCGAAGACAAGCUCACCCUCAUCGCCCCGGACCUCGCCAAGAGAAUUGCCGACACCAACGACCCUCUUCGCCCUCACAUUGUCGCCUUCUUCCGCGCACUCGCCCUUUGUCACACGGUUCUCUCCGACAAGCCCGAGCCGGAGAAGAAGCCUUUCGUCCUUGACUACAAGGCAGAAAGCCCCGACGAGGAAGCGCUUGUUGCUUGUGCCCGAGACGUCGGGUUCCCCUUCGUUACGCGCAACACGCACAAGGUUGACAUCGAGGUCCUCGGCCAGCCUGAACGAUGGGUCCCGCUCCGCGUGCUCGAGUUCAACUCGACCCGUAAGCGUAUGAGUGUUGUGGUUCGCAGCCCUGAGGGUAAGAUCAUCCUCUACUGCAAGGGCGCCGACAGUGUUAUCUACGAGCGUCUCGCCAAGGACCAGGACGAGGAGAUCAAGAACGCCACGCUCAAGGACCUUGAGAACUUUGCCAACGGCGGUCUCCGUACCUUGCUCAUUGCCUACCGCGAGAUGAGCGAGCAGGAGUUUGAGGAAUGGUCCAAGGAAUACGAUGCCGCCAGCUCGGCCGUCACGGACCGCGAGAACAAGAUCGACGACGCUGCCGCCCUCAUCGAGCACGACCUCUACAUUCUCGGUGCCACGGCUUUGGAGGACAAGCUUCAGGAGGGUGUGCCCGACGCCAUUGCCCAGCUCCACAAGGCUGGGAUCAAGCUCUGGAUUCUGACUGGCGACAAGCCCCAGACCGCCAUUGAGAUUGGCUACUCGUGCAAUCUCCUGACCAACGACAUGGACGUCAUGAUCAUCUCGGCAGAUAACGCAGAGGCCACGCGCGCACAGAUCGAGGCCGGACUAAACAAGAUUGCCUCGGUUGUCGGUCCACCGCCAACGCCCAAGUCGAGCAAGAUUGUCACGCAGACUAUGGAUCCUAGCGCGACGUUUGCGGUUGUCAUCGACGGCAACACGCUGCGCUACGCGCUCCAGCCCGACAUCAAGGGUCUCUUCCUGGAACUGGGCACUCAGUGCUCUGCCGUCGUCUGUUGCCGUGUCUCUCCCGCCCAAAAGGCCCAGAUGGUCAAGCUCGUCAAGGACGGCUGCAACGCCAUGACGCUGAGUAUUGGCGAUGGUGCCAACGACGUCGCCAUGAUCCAGGAGGCCAACAUUGGUGUCGGCCUGUUUGGUCUCGAAGGCUCCCAGGCCGCCAUGUCAGCCGACUACGCCUUUGGCCAGUUCCGCUUCCUUACCCGCUUGCUCCUGGUUCACGGCCGCUGGUCCUACAUCCGCAUUGCAGACAUGCACGCAAACUUCUUCUACAAGAACGUGAUCUGGACUGUCGCCAUGUUCUGGUUCCUUAUCUUCUCGAGCUUUGAAGCAACAUACCUGUUCCAGUACACCUUUGUGCUGCUCUACAACCUCAUCUUCACCUCGCUCGCUGUCGGUAUUCUCGGCGCCUUUGACCAGGACACAAACGCAGCGGCGUCGAUGGCAUUCCCCCAGCUGUACAAGCGCGGCAUCAAGGGCCUCGACUACACUCGCACCCGCUUCUGGAUGUACAUGCUCGACGGCCUGUACCAGUCGGCUGUCAUCUACUUUAUCCCGAUGCUCGUGUACUGGGAUGGCACGACGUGGUCGUCGACUGGCCGCGACACCAACGACCUCUACGACAUGUCCUCGGCCGUGGCAGCCGCCGGUGUGACCGCCGCCAACUUGUACGUUGGCAUCAAUUUACGCUACUGGACGAUCAUCCCCGCUAUUGUCAUUCCCUUGUCGAUUGCGUGCGUGUACAUCUGGAUCGCAAUCUGGUCGGCCUGGGGCGCGCUCGACUACUACGGCGUCGCGUCCGUCAUCUUCCCAACGUUCAACUACUGGGCAGCUGUUAUAUUUGCCGUCAUGCUGGCCGUCGCGCCGCGGUGGUUGAUCAAGUCGUUCCGCCAGUCGUACAUGCCUCUCGACCGCGACAUUAUCCGCGAGGCCUGGGUCGCAGGUGACCUCAAGGACCAGCUCGGUAUUCGCCACCGCAAGAAGCGCAGGCGCCGCCACCCUGGCGACGCCGAGAUGGCCGCCCAAUACUCGCCUCACUACGCGAAGAGCAGGCAGCAGUUCCAGCCUCCUGUUGUCCCGUCCACCCCUGUGCCGUUCAGCCCCGAGCAACCGCUGCUUUCCCAGCGCGGCUACGCUAGCCCUGCGCGGACAGAGUCCCCAACGGGCUCGGCGCAGCGCUUCCCUCCGCCUCCGCUUGUUAUCCACGAGGCGCCGACACAAGACUUCCCUGUGCCGGCACCGCACGGCCAGCAGGCACGACCAUACUCCCAAUACUCUUACACGAGCCCCUCAGUCUUAGACGGACUGAGGUCACCGACGUACGGGCCUGGGUCGGGCGAGGGCUCGCCGACCAACAGCCCGCCGUACGGCAGCCCGACGUCGUCGACCCCUUACGGCUCCAUCGCCGCGGGUGUGCCGCCGCCUCGGCCUGCACGCCAGCCGCAGCAGCCCUCGCCGCUGAUGGAGACGAUGGUGGCUGGGCGCGGUGCGCCCAACCACUCGGAAGCGUUCACCCUGGGCCCGGUACCGCGCGAGAGACCAGUGCCGCAGCGUUCGCCCAUCCUACAGGGCGUGAACGCGCCAGACACAUAUACCCAGGACCGCCCAGACCAGUACCCGCCAAACUAUCCCCCCAACACGCAGCUAUACCCCGGCGUGACCGCCGCGCGGCCCACGUCGCGGCAUCAGGACUUUAGCGCUGAUACGGACUGGGACGCUGAUGCCCAACGACCAAAGUCGACUGUAGACCCGUACACAGGAUACGCGGUGUAG